AUGUUUCGUAAUGAAGUUACAGGCCCUAAAUUAUGGUUUAAUGAAAUAUGGGCUACAAAAUCUAUAGCUAAAAGAGAAUUUCAAAAAAAUAAUUAUGAAAUAGCUGCUCAAUACUGUGAAAAAGUAUUAGCUGUGUCUAAUAAUGAUUUAAACACUAGAAUCCUUCUGAGCAAAUGUCAACAGAACUUGUUUCAACCAAAAUUGGCGUACGCAAAUCAUAUGUUAGCAGAAGCUCAAUCUCCUAAUAAAUUAUCAGUGUUAGAGAAUAAAGCAAGUGUAAUGCUAGAAAAUGAAGAAUUUGAAAAAAGUUUAAUAACAUAUUUAAACUUAGUAAAAACAAAGGUCCAGCCUUUAGAUUUUGCAUUGGGAGUUCUAAAGGUAACGCAAAUAAUAAACAAUUCAACAAAUUUAAGUAAAGGAAAAUAUAGAAAACGUUGUUUGGGAAAUACAGUAAUGAGGUUGGCAAAAUUGGGGGGUUUGGAUAACACAGAAGCCUUGCACUCAAUACUUUCCAAAACAAAACUUACGUGCAAAAAACGAAUUCAAUCAUUUUAUCUUGGUCGUUUAGCACGAGAUAAAAGAUUCUUUGAAGAAGUACUCGAGUCCGGUGGUCCUAAACGGCCAUUUUACAAAGCAGAAAAGAAAUUAUUAAAUAACAUGAAACGAGUUGUCGACUCAUUAGACGUAGCUUAUGAACAAUUGUAUAAAAGAAAACAAAUAUUUAUCUAUAAAUGUGAAAAGCCUAAAAUGAAAGGUGAUAGACUUUCAACUCAAAUUAAUAAUUCAAAACUUGUAAAAGAUAUGAAACAUCUUAUGAUUUGUAAAUAUUUAAACCUUAUCAUUCAACUACUAAUAAAAAAUCAAAUUAAAGAAGCCAAAUUAAAAACGGAGCUAAUGAUAGAGUUUAUGGAGAAAAAUUCUUAUAACUCCCACAGUAUUUUAGAUACGAUUUACCAAAGCUUUGGAAUAGCGCAAUAUGUACUAUUUCAAAACAUAAGUCAGUGGAACAUGGAAAAAAAUCAUCAAAGAAUGCUAAUUUUUUUAGGAGCUACCAAAAGUAACAUACCACUCCAGGAAUCGUUAUUUGGAUCAAAUGAAAUAAAUCCAAAAAGAGCUAUAAAUAAAUUACGUGCCCGUUUGGAAAAAUCGGAGUCAAUGAUAGAAAAAAUUUUUAUAUAUUACGAAAAAGCCAAAUGUUAUAUCAAUAUGGGUUAUGGUAACCUUAAAAACGCUCGAAAUAAAGCUACUAUAUGUUUACAAUUAGCUAAAGAAAUUAAUAAUCAUACGUGGAUUGUGAACGCAUUAAUUUUACUCGUAUCAAUUGAAUUUCAAUUAGAUAAUAAGCCUAAGUGUUGUCACGUAUUAUAUAAGGCUAUUGCAAUUGCGUAUAAGCUCCAGGUGCCCGGAGUUUUAAUGUUUUUGGAAAAGGUGGCUAAAAUGAUUUUUGAAACUAAUGCUAUACAUAUUACCAGAACUGAGAAAAAGAUAAUGGAUGUUUUGGAUUUUAUGCCAGACGUUUCAGCGAGAAUGAAUGCUAUGUUUAAGUUUAAACGAUUAAUCACUAUGCCAAUAAAUCUGUAG